CAAACAGUGUAAACUCACGUGUUGACUGCUUGGGGAACAUUAGACGCGGGCGUUCAGCCACGCAAGGAGACAACAUACAGUAUAAUUUGUUGCAGACAAAGGGUUACAUGAACAGCAAGCUUCCCUGGACUCAAGAGCGACCGGGCGUAGUUUCACGCCAGAAUUUUUAUUGAAAAUGUGUCGAUGUAGUGAUAGUUUCUGAACGACUGAUUUUGUGAACGUGUGUAGCGUACUUUUUAAUAAAACGUGUAAUGUUCAGUGCAAACGACCUUCAGGAAGGUAGCUGUUGACUAUUACUGUAUGUUUCUUAAACAAAUUUUGCAUGUUUGCGUGCUGCAUGCAUUUGUUCGCUUGCAAGGAUUACCUCAAAAUUAGUUCAGAUUGAAGUUAGGCCAGAAGAUAUCGUGUACGUACCUACCUACCUACCUGCCUGCUUGCUAACAAUGUAAAGGUAGUAAAAAAGUGUAGCAAUUAAUCUAGACUUUGCUCUCCGCAGUUUAGUAGGAUUUGACUAUCGUGUCCUUGACUUGGCAAUCAUGUUUUUGGCGGGUACACCUCUGUACUGGUACUUCGACUCUCCUGACAUAAUAUAUAGGAGGGAAGGAGCUUACAACAGUCGUCGGCGUAUGAGGGGCAAUUCGAGUCGCAGCGAUGUGGGGCGGACUGGCCCCCCAGCAGCUGGUGGGCGCAUGCAGACACCUGGUGGCCGAGGCGGCGGCGGCGGCGGCGGCGGCGGCGGCGGCGGCGCCCGGCGCGCCAGGAACAAGGUGGCGGCGCAACAGCAGGGUACUUCCACGCCAACACAACUGCACAGUAGGACUCCACACACAGAGUCUCAGAAGAGUUCAUUGUCUGCCCCACAUCAGAAGUCUCGUAUGGAAAAAAAAGUACUCAGUGAUUUUAUGCCUGAUGGUAAGUUUAAUCAAAAGAAUGACUCCCCCAGAAAGAGCCACAAGGUGGCUACUUCACAUAAUGUUGGAAAAAAGGCUGCUGAGGGAACAAAAUCAUCCAGACAUGCUGAGUUAAUAUUGCCAACCAAACCACGUGAGAGUGGCAGCACACUGCCAACAGCAAGAAAAGAGAAGCUGAAAAUAAAUGUUCCACAACUGACAAAUAGUAGCAACAGGUGUGGCAAAGACAAUAUUGGUCAUACUGUACCUGAACUAAUGGCUGAUAAAAACAUGAAAAGAUUGGAACAUUCCAGGGAAAGCUAUGCUCAAACUGUCAAAUUUCCAGUGCAAACAAAAACGCAGUCUGAGGAAUUAGACUUAAGAGCAUCAUCUGUACUAGAACUCGGUGGCGAAAGGGACAUCCCAGAGCCAACUAGCCCUACGUACUCUGACAACGAUUGUAGUUUCAUGACAUAUUCCAGUGAUGGAAUAUCUGUCAUCAUAAGCAAUGGUGGCUGUGUAUUACAUGAUGAACCACAUUCAAUUGUGCCACAUACAGCCAAGUCAGAUCUGGAGAAAUUGGGAAAAGCAUUGUGUGUUGAAAUUCCAAAGCAAGACAAUGAAACUGAUGAUGGUGUGAAGUCAGUGAAAUCUAUAUCACCAGUGUACACACCAGGGAGUACUUGCCCAGAACUAACUUUUUCUGGAUCUCCUCCACUUCUCAACAGCUUGGACUCCAUUAGCCCUGUGGACUCAGCAUGGUCCUCAAGAACCUUGUCUCCAAUCAGCUAUGAAUGCAAUUCACCGGCUGUUCUAACCAAAACAGCCUCCACUGCUGCCACUUAUGGUAGUGUGGUCACUACAGCUACUCCAACUACACCAGUUUGCAGAAAGAUCCCUUCCAAUAAUAGUACAACCACUCCAGCAAAUGCAGAUGACACUUGGCUGUGGCUUCCUGCUAUCAUUCCACCAUUGACGUUGUUGUUACGCUGGAUUUGGUUCCCAGCACCACCACCAAAUUUGCCAUGGAGGGAUCCAGUACUCAAAGAAAAUGAGAAGGCAGCACUAACUGCUCACUAUUAUUUGAGAGGGCCUCCACCAGAUCCUUCUAAUAUUCAGUGCAUAGAGGGUAGAUGGAAGAAGGAUCCAUACUGGAGAUGGAUCCCAUCAAAUGGGGAUGUGAGUGAAGGUGGACAUUGGUAUGAGUUGCCAACACCACCAGAGCCAGCUCAAGGAGCUUGGUAUCUUGUCUGGCCUGCAGAGUUACCAAUGAGUAGUUCCCCUUUUAUUCCUGGUCAUGGCACAUGGCUAACAGGCACAUACUAUGCUAAGAACAAUUUGAUGCCUACAAUGCUAUUACCUCAAAAGAACUUACCACUCAUGUAUAUGUAACUGAAACUUUCCAAGACAGUGCAUUUCAAAAUUAACAUUGCAAUUGUGCAAUGUCCAGUUCAAAAGAUUUGGAGAAUAAUACAAGCUACUGCUAAGGUUUUGUCCUUGUGGUUACUAUUUAACACCAUUAGUAAAUGGAAGUUAUGUAAUUGGGCAAUGUAUGAUUUAUAGCUGUGAGUUUGAAUCAUUGAAUAAGCAGCAGGCAUUUGGAAUGGGCAUGGGAGUUUCUAUAUUGUAGUAAUAUUUUCUUCUGAUAGCUGAGCUAAAAAUACUCCACAGAAAUUGUGUGUUUGCUAUGUGUUUAAAGAAAAAGAAAUAGAUGUACAUGAGUGAGACUGUUUAAGCACAAGUAUCCAGGUAAAGCAGAUUUAUGCUGGCAAUUUUCUGUUACCUCUUGUUAAGUGUUUACAGUUAACAUAUAUUAAAAUAAAUUGCCUUUAUACACCAAAAAUUUGUCACGUAUAGAAAAUCUUAACAAAGUGGAGUUGUAGUAUAUUUCUCCUGAAUCCUUAGAAAGAAAAUAACAAUGUUGUCUGACAAAUGGUUGUCCUGAUAUGGAAUGCAACAAACUCAAAUAUUGCCUUGUGGUUAAUAAAGGAGUUGGACCAUUGCGUUAUACCCAUCAGUACUGGUAGCUGAUUAAAUUAACACACAAAAAAAUCUUUGACUUGAAUUAAUCGGAUUUCAAAUGACUGCCUCAUUGAUGUGGGAAGUAAAUAGUAUUGCAAAACUAAUGUUGUAAACAGGUCUUUUUUUAAAAAAAGUAAAGCUAUAUUGUUCAGUCAGUUCUUUGUCAAAGCAUUCACAAUGAGGUACUGGAUGGUUACUUGAUUGGUUGGUAGGGAAACUUGAUGUUUAAUUUAAAGUAAGGUUAAAGAUGUGUGUUAUGGUUCAACAUGCUUAGUCCACUGCUCUCAGAUUUUAUUUAGAGUCCAUUGCAAAAUUAGUUGAUGUAAUUAAGAUUAUUAUGAAAACUUGAAAAUUGUUUACAAAUGAAGGUAUGAAAGUGAAACUCCAGUGACCCUGAUUAGAUUACUGUGUGUUGUUUUCAGUAUUGUUAGUGUUAUUGUAUAUUAGUACAUAUUUUAUGAAAUGUGUAGAUUAAUGUAGUGAUAGAAUUUCAUCCUUGCUAUGCAAUCAAAGCUAUUGUUAAAAUUCAUACUUCAUUUUGUUAAUGGGAAACAUACAGCUACUAAAAAUUGAGGAAGAGGAAUGAAAUUGGUAUACUUUCAUGUCAGCCUGCAAAAAGCAAAAAGUGCUGCAUGUUAACUGAACAUAACAUAAAAGUAUAAUCCACUGUAACUGGCAAGUUCAUCUAAGCAGGAAAUCGUGCAACUCAGCAGAAAUUACAUAGUAAAGAAUGUUAAGCAUAUGGAGCUGUCAAAUAAGAUUGAUGUUUCAAAAACUUAAAUUUUUUCACUGAGUAAAUGAGCCAGCAACCAGUGUAUAAACUUUAAACAGAUUUAAGGCUGUACUAUGGAAUUGUUUUAAAUUUCAAACUGUUCCAGAAAACCUUUUCUCCAAGACAACGCAUUCCAGAUUUUCAACACUAACAUUAGUAAGUGGAAUACCAUCUGUAGAAAUGAAAUAUUAAACUAGGGAAACACUUUUGUCAAUUCUGGAGACAGUAAAUGUCACAAAAUAUAAUAGGUGUUCCCAAUAUAGUAUGCUGUACUGUGAUUAUAAUGGUGUGUGUGUGUGUGUGUGUGUGUGUGUGUGUGUGUGUGUGUGUGUGUGUGUGUGUUGUAAAAAAAAAAUAAUGUAAAUAAUGUACUAUUUUGGCAUUGUAAAUUUUGUGAUGAAAAAUCUGUAAAUAGUUUGUGAUAUGUUUUUACAGAAUAGUAAGUGUAUAGUAAAUGUAAGAUGCAUAAAUUAUUUAUCGUGGCAUGUUUUGUGCAAUUCCUGAAAUGUGAAUCAUAAUGUCCUUUUAAAUUUAAUGUUUGACGAGACAAGUAAGACUGAUAGAAGUUGUCAAAGUUGAUAUAAUCACUAUGUAUUGAAAACUGAUAGUUAUAAAUUUGAAUAAAGGCACUGAAUGUUAA